AUGAAAUUUCGUAAUUAUAUAAACCCCCCAUCGAACUGUUCAACUCUAUAUCCCAGCUCUGCCGCGCUUACUCACUUUUCUCCCGUCUUAGUUACUCUGUAUCUAAUAUACCCAACCAACCAACCCACUUCCCAGAAUAAUCAACACAUCAUAGCCGCAAUGAACCCAACUUUAGUCAGAGCCUUCCACAGAUCCUCUAUCAGAAUGUCCCAAGCAGCCGUGGACGCUUCAUCCCACGGCAUGCCUGCCUCCAAAUGGUUUGCUACCAUGUUGGGUGUCGGCUUGCUUCUAGGAAGCGGCGCUAUUGGCUUGCAAAAGGCCUACUCGAACUCUAAGAUUGACCAAAUCUUCCACAAGGAAAGAAGACAAGGCCAACUACACAACUAG